CCCCUUAUCUCAGUCUGCACGUUGCUUCUCGGUGACUAAUAGCACAAUAACAAUGUGCACGGAUAAGAGGAAUUGAGGCUGUUUACAAACUCUAUGGCGGCUGGAUAUAAGAAGGAGCAGGGAGCUGGCAGCAUCUCAGUCACCUCGGGAGCUCUCAGGAACAAGCAGCACUGAACUGACCCCUGCUUCUGCACGGGGCGCUCAUCCUCCAGGACUGGGACACUUGCUGCAGCUAAUACAGACUGCGCUUCCAUUUUUCUAUUUAUUCUUUUUACCAUUUGGGGAUUACUUUUUAUACCCGUUUUAUACAUUAACAAUGGAUCUGGAGAUGAUGAUUUAUCUGCUGCUGGCUCUUCUUCAAGGCACCUGUGCUUCAGGGUCAUCCUCUGAGGAUCCCUCUGUAGCAGAAGCUGCAGCUGCUCAUCCUUCUUCUGGCGCCCCCUUGAGGCCACGCAGAUUUAAACGCUGUUCUUGUUCAACGCUCAUGGAUAAAGAAUGUGUCUACUUUUGCCACCUAGACAUUAUCUGGAUAAACACGCCAGAAAAAACCGUGCCUUACGGACUUGGAGGUCCUCGUCUGAAACGUUCACUGCAGGACAUGGAGACAGAAAAUGUUCUGAAGUCUGGUAGCAGGUGUAUCUGUGCCAAGGGUGAGGACAAGAAAUGUCUGGACUUCUGCCAAAGUGCUGCAGAUCUCAGUGUCCAACCUUCCAUAGUGAAAGAAACACAGCGGGUUCAGAAGGCCAAAGUCUGCAAUGGACUCUUACUGGGAGGACAGUGUGUGCAGAAACUUCAUACAGACGCUAAAAGAACGGAAUUCAUCAGACAAGCCAUAAAGAGAUCAUAUGUCUUUGCCAGGCUACUGAAGAAGCUUCAAGAGAUGAAAGAUGAGACACAUCCUUGGGCACAUAGAAAGAGAGGAAUUUGGAAACAUACAAUCACAACUUCAUAGUUGGAGAAGUGAGAACUGUCACCUUCUUUCCAUAGUGUGGGAGACAUUACUGUCAGUGAAUGCCUUCAGUGUGCAUAUUUUAUUUUUCUUGGUGGCUAAGUGCACUUAAUUUAUGAAGAUUUAAAUCAAAGGAUCUGGAACUACCAUCCAGCUUCAAGAUGGACAUGUGAGAUGGAUGAAAGGCAGGAGUCUGGGCUGAAAUAAUGCUGCUGGUUUUGGAGAUAAAUGUCAUGGGGACGUGUCUGCAUUAGAACAGAAUUUUAAAAUAACCUGCCAAACAACAUUCAUUGCUACUGACACUGACAGUAAAACACUGGAAUAUAAUAUUGAAAUCUACAUGCCUUAUUCUAUGAAAUGCUGCAGCAUAUGGAUGUAUGUGCAUUGCAGAUACACUAUGAAAGCUAUGCCAUUGUUUUAGGGCGUUUUACAUAUCGCAUACAAGUCUACCUCAGGUUUACUUCCUCUGAAGGGCUUCCUUCCUGCCUAUAUUUUAGCUUGUCCCGUGAAUACACCUUAUGUCUUCAGUCUUGGUUCGAUCUUUUUCACUGGAGCUAAUCAAAUCUUUAAUAUGCAAUAAUCCCUGAUUUGUUUAGUGGCUGGUUAAUGUGGUCAUAGUAAGCGGAGGGUAGCACUGACUGCUGCUCACACAAGCUAAAACUGGGUUUUCAUAGCAGUUAUUCUAUCUGCUAUCUUCUAUCUAAAUUUAUUAUGUGAAUAUUUUUUAAAAUAUUUAUAUUAUUUGUAAAAGUGACUAUAUUUACUGUGUUAAAUAUACAUUUUAAUAGGCCAUAUUGGUCUAUGCAUGUUUGUAUUUCUGUAUGAAAAAAGAGCUUCAUGCCUUCAGUAAUAAUGUUAAAAUAAAAUAUU